UACGUCUAUGGUUGAAAUGUUGCACCCUCUUUGAGUUGUUGUUGUUAAUGGAUAGUUGCGUUAUUGUCACUGUGGCCUAAUACUACAAAAGUACAUAGCAUAUUGUAGGAAGAAAUACUGUUACAUUGCAAGUGUGAUAUUUAUUCGAUGCCACAUUGAUAUGUCGGCCGAUCAUCACAGUGGUAAAGGUUACGCUCCUCUUCCACAAAGUAUAAGCAAUACCGAUACAGAGGAUGAAGAGGAACACUUAACGCAAUCUAAUGAUAUCGCCUAUGUACCCCGGAUUGAUAAUAACACAAUAGUAGCGGAGUUACAUUCGAAUCAUGAAAAUGGCAUGUUUUAUCCACUGGAUGAAACGAGAAAUGUAGGAAAUAACGCGAGAAAUAGACAAAACACGAUUAAAUAUUACCAGGAUGAUAUACCGAUAAUGGUAAUUGAAGAGAACCAACAUGAUGACUUUUGGAAAAGAAGAAAUAUGUCUUACAUAAGACGCUUUUGUUUACUUGCCUCUGUAUUAUUAUGCAUUGUUACGAUAAUUAUUUUUUUGUAUGUAUUACCUUGUGACAAUUCAAUGGUUUGUCCAUCGAUUAUCGAACCGCAAUCAUCUGUGUCAUGGGAUAAGUCUCUGCAAGGUAUAGAAAUACAUGGGCCUAUUACUAUAAUACCUGCAUCUCCGUACAAUCUAAUAUUUCUUCUUCGUGGUGAACAUCUCGGAAAGAAUGAUACAAAUGAUAAAGCGAUGCAUCAAAGACAAAUACCUUCGGAAGGAGGAGGAGUUAUGUCGAUGCAAGGAAAUAGUGGAUUGCCACUGUGGCUAGUUCCGUUGAAAAGAUUCCCUACUAAUGUAGAUUGCACUAGUAUAGACAUUGAUCGAUCUGGAAAGCCUGAUUGCAUUGUCACUGGUGAACAAGGCCUGCUCGUUAGCAUAGAACCAAUUGCUGGAACGAUUCAUUGGAGUUCUACGAGUCACACUUUUUCUAAAUUACCAGUUAUUUUACCGGACAUUGAUGCCGAUAAUAUCGAAGACUUGUUGAGCGUAACAAUGGAUAAUGCAAAUGUAUCGUCUCUUGUUUUUUUAUCGGGGAAAACUGGUCAAUUGUUGGGACGUUAUUCGAUUCAUAAUUGCACCUCUGUUGAUAUAUACAAUCUUGUCUCUAAUGGCAGCAUAUCCUAUAGUUGUUACGAUGGCGAUGCAAAGUAUGUAACGAGAUUCAUGUCUUUGAACGAAUUGUUUCGCAUCUUAAAAACGCUACGAGUGCGUAAAGACUCUGCGACUGAAUUAGCAUCGUUACCACGAUUGUUCGAAAUGGUAAAAUUCUACGAAGAAGAAUAUAGUUGGAAGCCUACGCCUUAUCAUCGUUUGACUAUAGAAAACGAAGGAAUAUGUCCGGGACAAUUUUGUCGCGCCAGUGUAAAUUUAACUCUGCAAAAAAUAACAAACGAACCGAUAACCAUUUGGGAUCAUGUGAGUUCAAACGCAUUUGCGUCGAAGCCGGCAUUUUUAAUAACCUCCGGUAAACCUUAUACUUCCGGGUUUGCAAUUAAAUUUUGGCAAUGGAUAGAUUCGUUAUCUGGUCAUAUGGAAAAAACGACUGUUACGGAGCGGAGACUCGUAGAGAGAGUUUUAAUAGUUUUUGUCAACUAUACGGAUGUUCAAACUAUUAAUGCUAGUCAAAGUGAUGUUGUGCAAUUGUGUCACGGGCUUGAUUGUCAGCCAAAUUUAAAUUUGCGGAAGCAGUUUAGCUCUAUCGCAGUCGAAUAUAUUAACAAUGAUGAAUUUCCAGAAUUGAUAAGUUAUUGGUCCUCGUACGAUGCGGACUCGACGAAAGGAUUGACGUCGAAAGUACAAGUUAUAAAGAUGGAUUCUGUAAUGUUUAACUUACUACGUGGAAAUGUUUAAUCAUUGUAUGAUUUUUGUUUAUAUCUCGCAUCUGAUGCGUUAUUGCAUUUCGAUUCUAUUCAUUUCUUCACCACAAUUCUGUACUGUGUCGAUAUACCGCAAACCAAUAUUUUUUUCACGAACCAAGUGUCGAUUGAAUAUGUUAUCGAUUGAUUUAUGCAAGAGACUGCAACUUUUUCCGCUUUUUUACUUACAUCAAUUACAAAAUGUUUAAUUAAUACAUUUUUUUAAUUGUAUUUAAAAUAUAUUUAUUAUCCAAGA